AUGGGUAAAAUAAAAGACUUAGUAAAAAAAGAUAAAAAAGAUAAAAAAGAUAAAAAAGAUAAAAUAGCAAAAAAAGAUAAAACCAUAAAAAAAAAUAAAACUAUAGAAAAAGAUAAAACUAUAAAAAAAGAUAAAGUAAAAAAAGAUAAAACUAUAAAAAAAGAUAAAGUAAAAAAAGUAAAAACAGUAAAAACAGACAAUGACACAAUAUUAAAAACCGAUCAUGAUAAAAAAGAUAAAAAGAAAAAGAAGGAAAAGAAAGAUGAAAAAUCAAGUGAUCAGAAGGAUGAAUCUACUAUUGGUGCUAUCAUAAGACCCACAACUUCUUCAAUUAUACAUACUACAAUACGCAAAGUGACAGCAAAGAUUUUAAUAGAUUUUCCACCAGCGGCUUAUAAAAAUCCAACGGAAAGUGUUUAUACAAUUAUGAAUUCUUUAAUAAUGAAAUAUAAUGAACAAUUAGGCGGAUUUGUAAUGAGUUAUGAAAAUUUGGUAAAAUUAGAUGAUUCAGGAUAUAUAUUUGAAGAUUCACCAUAUGUGCAUUUUUUUGUUCAGGCAGAUUGGACUAUUUGGUCAGCACCAAAUGGCAGUAAAUUAAUUGGUAAAGUUGUGGGUCAGUCAAACAAUCAUAUUGGAUUAUUGGUACUUGAUAUAUUUAAUGUAAAGAUUCCUUAUACAAACAUGCCUAAUGAGAUAUUUGAAUGGGAUGGGCAAAAUGACCUGGUUGAGAAAUUGCUUACAAUAGAAAAUAUUCAAUUGGAAUUAGUGACGACGCAACAAACUGUAGGAAGUUGGAUAGAUAAGAGAACAGUGUGA